CCCCCCUCCUGCUCCGUCUAAUCCCCUUGACAUCUCCUUUCCUCCCCUCACGUUCUUUCGCGUUUCAUUUUUCAUCCUUCCCCUUAACUAUUUGCUGGUGCCAGGGCUGAGCCUUCACCGAAUUUCUUUGCUAUCCACACCCCUUCCCCACCUCUAACCUUUUUAUAACCUCCCCCGCCUCCCCCGCUAUCCAAAUUCGAACAAUGAAGCUUGCCACUGCUGUUGUCGCUGUUUCUGCUUUCGCUGCCCAGGUGUUGACCGCCUCCGUUGGUGAGGAGCUCUGCUGCGCUACCAACAGGGAGCGUGCCAUUAAGAAGCUCCCGGCGCUCCUGUGGGUUCCUGACAUGGACCGGAUGGCUGCGGGCCAGUGCAAAGACAUGGCUGCCAAGGGCGCCAUUUCGCACAACGGUAACACGCCAGCGACCUACCAGCUGACCAGCCGUCUGGAUCUUUUCGUGAAGGCAUUCACGUACAAGGUCGCCGCGGAGAACGUCGCCAGCGGCUACGACAACGUCCAGGAUGUGACCGAUGCCUGGAUGAAGUCGCCCGGACACCGCGCCAACAUUCUCAACGAGGCCGUGACUCUGUGCGGCGGUGGUGUGCAAAACCCUGGAGGUUACUACACCGUCGACUACGCUGCCCCGAUGGACCCUGCUGAUGCCAAGCAGUUCAAGCUGCCGGCGUGUGAUAACGGUGUUGCCACUCCUGUUACCCCCCCGGUUGCCCACAAGGCUAACCCGCCCGCUCAGCCGGCUCAGCCGGCUCAGCCUGCUCAGCCGUCGCCUGUUGCUACUAAGCCGUCGCCUGGUUGCCCACAAGGCUAGCCCCCCUGCUCAGCCUGCCCAGCCCGCCCGCCAGCCUGCCCAGCCUGCUCCUAAGCCGGUUGCCCCCUCGACCAAGGGUAACGGCAAGUGCAAGCGUGUUCCUAAGGGCUCGAUUGCCGCUGGCAAGUGCAAGCCCUGCAAGAAGUGCACUGGUGCUGCUCCCUUUGCCCGCCGCCGCUAAGUGACAACCCCCUUCCUCGUCCCCGUCACGUCCAAAUCGGGUGUUUCCUUGUGAGUUGUAAAAGGUGUCAGUCGGUUUUGCUGUUGGCUGGUGUCCUGAGGUAGCCAACUGGGAAUAUUUUGACGUUCAGCUGUAACAUCCCUGGUUCUGUG